AUGCUGAAUCGUCAUUUGUUAUUUGAAUUCCGCCGUGCUCUACGUAACUCACGAUGGAAUGCGGACGCUCAUUUGAGGGCACAUGAGCGUUCUGUCAGCGUAGAUCAGGAAGCGAUUGCUCGAAUCGAUACUUGUCAGCUUGCUGCUAAUAGUCCAAUAGAAGACUUCUACUCGGCUGCUAAAUGUCUUUCAUCUAAUGCAUUUCUUUUUGGAGUUUUUGAUGGACACGGUGGUCAAUCGUGUAGUAGACAUAUAUCUGUAGCUUUAUUCCCGUAUAUAUGCGCUUCAGUUUUAAAGAAGCAUGAAAUACAGCAGUUAAACUUGGAAAACCGGUGUGAAUGGCUUUUUAGCAGUGCAGAUGCUCAUUUACCUAAUUUAUUUAGGAGCUCUACAUUGCAAAAUGUCAUCAAUUUUCACCAAGCUUUUUCUAAAAGAAAGCACCUUAAUACAGUUCGCGAAGCUCUUAAAUUUGCUUUCGAAAUGUGCGAUGAAGAUUUAUGUCGUGCUGCUUUACCGGACAACAGAGGACAAAUUGAUAGGCAAGAGAAAGCGAUUCUGUUAUCAGUAAUGACUGCUGCUUCCGGCUCCUGUGCAACACUUGCACAUAUACGGGGACGAAAUCUUCAUGUAGCAAACGUAGGAGAUAGUGCAGCAGUGUUAGGUGUAGUUACUCCAAAUGGUAGCGUAACCGCUCGGCAGUUGUCAAGAGCUCAUUGUAUAGAUAAUACUGACGAGGUUGUUUUAGAACCGCUAGGUAAUCCAGCUCCUCCCAAUCUUCACACUCCACCCUACCUGACGGUAUCACCGGAGGUUUUCUACCAUAAACUCACGGCUAACGACAAGUUUUUGGUGUUAGCAUCGGACGGUUUGUGGGAAUGGCUCGAUCCGGACACUGUUGUUCGACUGGUAUACGACCAUACAGUCGGCACGAUGACGCUUCUUCCGUACCAACCGAAGAGUGGCUCGACACUUAAGCAGGUUCCGCCUGGACGAGCACGGAACUACCGUGACGAUAUCUCUAUUAUAGUGAUUCACUUUAAUGAGAAAUAUUUGGAAGAAGCGGAUGAAUCAUCCGUUCCAGCCGAGUCGAUAGAGAUGCAAGCUAAAUAA